GAAAACGACCUAAAGGAAUGAAAGAAAUAAUAGAAAAAGUCGCAUCAAACCCUAAACAUCCAAUCCCACUGCCACUACCGAAAGUUUUCUCUCACUGCAUAUUCAUCCACACCAUGCAAUCCGACAAUUCGCCGGAAAAUUCAAAUUUUCAUCAUGUUCCUGACGGAAAUGGCUUCAUUUACGGAUUUCCGGCGAUGGAAAGUUACUGUAGUUCGUCGUUUUACCCCAUGGAGGUGCCGGAAUUUACGCAUGCUCCAGCUGAAGUAAGAGCUCUUACUGCAUCUGAGAGUCAUAAAGAAGCUGAGAGGAAACGUAGAGAGAGAAUCAACUGUCAUCUUGAUAGGCUUAGGAGCCUUCUUCUUUGCAAUUCUAAAACAGAUAAAGCUUCACUUCUUGCAAAGGUGGUUGAACGAGUGAGGGAAUUGAAGCAGCAGACAUCAGAAAUAAUGCAAUCUGAUCAAACUUUCCCUUCUGAGAGUGAUGAAAUCACAGUAAUCCAAAAUGAAAAUAAUUCUGCUGAUGGAAAAUCUCUGAUCAAGGCUUCUCUUUGCUGUGAAGACCGGAUCAAUCUCUUUCCCGAACUUAUCGAGAUACUAAAUUCGUUGCCUUUGAGUCCUUUGAAGGCAGAAAUUGUAACAUUGGGAGGAAGAAUCAGAAAUUUGAUAGUAUUGGCCAGUGAUAAAGAUCAGGCGGAUGAAUCUGUUGUGGCAUUGAGAGAUGCACUGAAAAGUCUAAUACUACGUUCAAGUUAUGGACCCGGAGAAGGUUCGAAAAGACGAAGAAUACUUGGCCAAAGAGUCAUAGGCUAGGGUAAGGUUAAGGUGGAAAAGAAAUUAACCUUAUUUUUUCUUGAAUCUCGCUUGCAAAUUUUAAUGCAUUUUAAGGAGAUGGCUAUCUUGUAUUUGUGUUCUUGUUUGUGAUACUUUUCCUUAAUUCUGUAAAAGUUUGUCUUAGAUAAACAAAAUAUAAGAAUUUAUGUUUGUUUUCAAGA